GAUCUCUUGACUGUUGACUGAACUCUGCUGCUUCGGAAAAUAUGCUGACCCAAAGGACAGGUGCAACAGUCCUCUUGGUGUUUUCCCUGUUAGCUCCUGACUGCAUGGCCGCUGGUGCAGACAAAAAGGGAUUUGAAAUGUGUGUGACGUCACAGAGGCGAGUGGAAGACCUUUUCGAUCAAAAUCUAACCUCCGUUCCGUUAGAUCUCCCGAGCACCACUGAGUAUCUGGAUAUCUCCCACAACUCUAUCCGAAGACUUGCCACAAGGGCUUUCCACCGACUGUCUCGACUGUGUUUUCUGAAAGCAACCCACUGCGGCCUCAGAGAUAUCUCUAACAGUGUGUUUACACACACUCCAGCGCUCAAAGUUGUCAAUAUUUCCAGCAAUGAAUUAACUAUUAUUCCUGAUUUUACUCUGCAACAACUGACAAUCUUGGAUUUGGCCCACAAUUUGUACAAGAGCUAUCAGAUACCGGAGUCUUUUCAGAACCUUACAAAUCUAAAAGUGCUGUCCUUAGGAAGUAAAACAGCUCUGUCGGUGGAUUUAAAUGACUUUACACCACUGAUGAACAUCUCCUUGCAACAUUUGCUUCUCGGUGCAGGUGUUCGCUGGCAAAAGUAUGAAUCAGGAGCUCUUGGAAAACUGUCCCUGCGGAAAAUGUCCCUUUUUGCAUCAUUUUGCGAGCGCUUCGAUUUGUUCCAGAACCUCCUGGGGGAUUUGAAUGUGACGCAAGCAACUGCACUGAGGUUGGUCAAAGUGUUUUCCGAUGACUGCAAUGUCCCUGACAACGUUUUCCAAAACUUGAGAGCGAUGCCUUACUUGCAAAACCUCACCAUCAUGAGCACCUGGACAAAUAGUUCUUUCAUGGAGAUGUUGCUGAAGGACGUUGGACUCUCGUCUAUUCAGGAACUCUCGUUCGUCAACAUCACAUACAAUGAAGAUAAGCCGGAUGGGAUUCAGUUUCACACCCUCAAUCACACAAUGAGUCUUCGCUAUGUGACAUUUGAUGGCAUCAAACAUUAUCAGUACAGGUACCCCAUAAUUAACAUGAGCGUUGAGGAGUGGUCAAAUCUCAGCUAUUUAAAGUUUUCUGGGAGUGGUAUGAACAUUUUACCAUGCAAACUCAUAUCCACCUUGCCAUCAUUGGAAACACUGGACAUUUCAGAUAACCUCUUGUCAGAUUACGGUUUCUGGUGGCCUUCUUGUUCCUUCACCUCCGUCUUCCCAAAGCUGAAGCGCUUAUCGAUGAGUAAAAACCGCUUCCGUAGUCUAGCAUUCAUCUCAAGACAGACACACCAGAUGAAGACACUGGAGUCCUUAGAUUUGAGCUUCAACUCCAUUGAGUUGAAAGACAACUGCUCUUGGCCCAUGCAUCUGACCGAGCUCAAUCUAAGGAAUAACAAUCUCGGCAACAGCAUUUUCAAGUACCUGUCAUCAAAUUUUGAGCGGAUUGAUUUAUCAAAAACGGGAAUAACAGUCAUAACCUACGAGGACUUGUCCCGGUUUCCCAAACUGACCCACCUCCAGCUCAGUUUCAACAGCAUCCAAGCGCUCCCUGAGCUACUUGAUGCCCCCACUCUAAUCAGCUUCUCUGUGGACCAGAAUGCUAUCACAUCUCUUUCCAAGAAUGUCUUUGGGGGACUUCCCAACCUUCGGACCCUCAAAGCUGGAAACAAUCCCUUUAUAUGCUCCUGCGACCUCCACUGGUUCCUCACUGUCUUAAACAAGUCCUUGCUCUUGGACUGGCCCUUGGACUAUUCCUGCGGCACACCGGCGAAGUUGGCAGGCCUACCGCUCUCCGAGUACAAAGCCAGCGUGAUCUCAUGCGAAACAUGGCUCCAGACGGCAGUUGCAUUCUCAGUGAUAAUCGUCAUAUCGACAGCCCUGGGCCUGCUUUUCUACAAACUGGACGGCGUGUGGUACACAAAGAUGUUGUGGGUAUGGAUUAGGGUGAAGAAGCGCGGCAAGAAACGCUCACACAUGCUGAAGAAUGGGUCGUUUUCACACCACGCGUUUAUCUCCUACAGUCACCAUGAUGCAGACUUUGUGCACAGUAAGCUGGUGCCCUCCCUGGAGAAUGGUGGCCUUGUCUUAUGUGUCCAUGAACGCGAUUUUGUACCAGGCGAUUGGAUCAUCGACAACAUCAUCAACUGUGUGGAGUCCAGCUACAAAGUGAUAUUUGUCCUCUCGAAACAUUUUGUCCAAAGCGAAUGGUGCAACUACGAGCUUUUCUUUGCCCAGCACAGAGCCAUUGACAUUCAGCACGACUCGUUGGUUUUCAUCCUAUUAGAGCCAAUCCCAAUGGAUGCUUUGCCCAAAAAGUACUUGAGACUUAGAAGUUUGCUCAGGCAGCAGACGUACCUCAAGUGGCCGACGGAUGAGCGCAAGCAGCAGGUUUUUUGGGCGAGUCUUAAAGCCAUGCUGCACAUGGCAGACAAAUCCGUUGUCUUGAAGGACAUGGCGUUGGCACUUUCUGAUAUUGCCGCUCAAGUUACAAACCAAGUUUAACACCAUAAACAGUGCAAACUCUUUAAGUCGUCCCCGUUUAUGUCAACAACCCGUCUACGUCGACCAACUCAUCAAGUCCUGGUCCACAGUGUUCUGCUUAUUAUUAAAAAGUGCCCUCUUAAUUUGACGUCAACAUACAUGGUCUGCCUCUUUUGCUGACAUAAAAUUUGAGACCCAAAGGAGUAAUUUCUGUUAAAAUGGUUCAGUUUAUGUCCAGAGGUGUUGUAGUUUGGUUAACUUCACUAAGCAAUGUGAAACAACAACACAACUACUGUCUAAUUACACAGCAUUAUUUGAUUACAUUGAAGGUAGAAAAGUGCUGUAGAAGUGAAAUUCAACUGCAGCACAUCUUUUGUCAAUAAAUUUGAAUUUGUACACAGAUUUCAUAUGUAAUUUUAUUGUUUAUUUAAAAGAAUAUUCCCAUGUACCACUAACUGGAGCCUGCAGAUCGCCAGUGGUACUCGUACCACAGUUUGAAAAUCAAUGUACUGAACCUUUAUGUACCGUUAUAGAAGUGAACUGUCAUUGCGAUAGUUAAAAAUGCCUGACUGAAAUGCUGUCUGCAUAAUUUGCUAUUUGUGCAAAUGUGUGACGUUAGCCCAACUGCUGGUCUAUAAAAUGCUGUUCUU